GACGAAGGUUCAUUGUUGUCAUUUACUUUAAUUUCUUUAUUUUCUCGAAAGUUUACCAAAAUAGGUAUCAAAAUGUCGGCUCGGCGCGCCACCCACGCUGGCAGUUGGUACACUGACUCUGGGUUUACAAAAUGUGUUGGCGACUGGUGAUAUUGCCCUCUACUCUCUCAUUGUUGCUGUCUUCAUGGGCCCUGUAACUGCCACAGAUCUGGCACGCCAGCUGGAAGGAUGGUUAGGGCAGGCAGAUCUCUCACAUGGACCUGCGCGUGCCAUAAUUGCCCCACAUGCGGGGUACCAGUACAGUGGAGCUGUUGGUGCCUAUGCCUACCGACAAGUGUCUCCAGUUGUCGUGAAACGUGUCUUCAUACUGGGUCCGUCGCAUCAUGUCAGGUUAUCCGGGUGUGCUCUGUCUUCUCUCACCAAGUACCGGACGCCCCUCUAUGACCUCAUAGUCGACCAACAAGUAUACAAUGAGCUGUAUCAGACAGGGCACUUUGAGACGAUGAGUGUGUCUGCUGAUGAGGACGAACACAGCAUAGAGAUGCACCUGCCCUAUGUUGCAAAAGUUAUGGAAGAUUUCCGGGAUCACUUCACCAUUGUCCCGAUCUUAGUGGGGUCCCUUACGCCCGAACGAGAGAUAAUGUACGGACGUCUCCUUGCACCGUAUUUGGCCGACCCUCAAAGCUUGUUUGUGAUAUCCUCGGAUUUCUGCCACUGGGGCCAGCGCUUCCGGUACACAUAUUAUGAUCGAUCUGUGGGUGAGAUUUGGCAGUCUAUACAAAAACUUGAUAAGCAAGGGAUGAACCUGAUUGAGACGUUAAACCCGAGUGCCUUUACUGAGUACCUGAAAAAGUACGGCAACACAAUCUGUGGCCGACACCCCAUUGGCGUCUUGCUCAACGCGGUUGCAACUCUACAGAAGACAAGCAACGGGCAUCGUAUGUUGCUCAAAUUCCUGCAGUACGCCCAGUCAUCACGUUGCUACACUUCCUCCGACUCUUCUGUGUCCUAUGCCGCGGCUUCUCUUAUAUUUGAGUAAACCUUAGGUGCCCACAAUGAGGUGCAUUGAGGAGUAGGGGGAAUGGGUUAUUAUGAAAAUCACAAAGCUAGAAGAUUUUAAAUUUAUUCCAAGUAUUUAUUCAGUUUCCAGGAAAUUUAGAUAGAUGGUAACAUCUGCAACUUGUUUUAUAGGAUUUAUAUGGUACAGAAACGUCCCUCUGUAGACUCUAUCAUUGUUGCCAAACCCUCAUGCUCCCAAAAUGCGCCCCCACCCAGGGCUGGGGGGCUGGUUGCCUGGUUGGCAGUACUUGUGUAUCUGUCCCCGAGUGUGAGUGAUACAUCUAUCCACUCGGACGUAGUGAACAUUAGCCCGGUGACCAAUCUUAAGGUAUUAUGCAUUUCUGCCGGCUUCCUUUAUGCCUGUGGACACCGCAUCAUAUGCUUACGAUUGAUGAUUGGGUCACUUUUUUGUUUUGGUGAUUUGACACUCAGGGCCAUUUUAUAACACGUGCUUAUAAUGAUGUAAUGAUGUAUGUGUAGGUUAUUAUUUGGCUUCAGAUAAUAACCACUUUUUCUUUUGAAUAUCCAGUCAAAUAGCCCCCCACCAAUGUCUCCUGUGAUGCUUUGGAAUAAGAGGAUGGUUUUUUUUUGGAUUUUGUGGUCUUGUAAAUGUUUCAGCAUAGCACCUCCUAAUAUCCAUUAGUCCUUACUCCUGGAUGGGUUGGAGGUUGCUUGGUAAACUUUGGUAAUGACCAAUUUUUGUGAUAGGUGAGAGUUUUAAGAGGGUGUUCCCUUUUGUUGUGAGGAUCUUGAGUCUUGAAUGUUAAUAUAUAUAUAUAUUUUUUUUUUUUUUUUUUUUACAAAUCCAAACUGUUGCUGCAUUGAUAAGUUUAGUUUACAUAUUAUCUUAAUUAUAUUUAGUUCUUCAAAGGUUUAUAUGCAAUUUUAAUUUUACAUAGAUGAGAAAGAAUUUUUAUAUACUGUAUAAGGCUAGGAUGAGUGAUUUGUUUUCUACACUUGUCAGGAGUUGUGUAGUAUCAUCUUGAGCCCAUUUCCAGAACAUUACCCUUACAGUCUGCCUCUUUUGUGCUAAUAAUUUAUUGGUCCGUUACAAUAGUUUUCCAGUCAGCAGUUUGUAUUAUAAGACUCACUUUGCUACAGACCCUAUUUGAGAAUAGGGUUUCAGGAUGAAUUCUUCAUUUAUUCAGGGUAACAAAUCUUCAUAUGAAUGUGAAAAAUUUUCAUAUUUUGAUCUUAUACAUAUUCAAGAGAAAUAAGUACAGAACAGAAUACCUUAUAAAAUAUUAAAGAUUGGAAUUCAUUUAACCAGAUUGAUUAUGGAUAGAAGCAUUUUUAUCCAGUUGAAUAAAUUAAAAUCGUAUUGGAAUAUAGAUCGAGUCAGCCUGAUUGAGUCACUCGUAUAAUACUUCCAGUUAACUACUCGAACAAUUACUCAGAGUUUUCAUCCUUAUAAACAGAUUAAGACAUUUUUAACAUAUUUAUUUAGUUAAGGAAAUUUAAGUUUGAAAAGAAUUGAAAAAAGGAAGAUUUGGAAGUGCUUAUUUAUUGUUUUGUUUUUGUAUUGUUACAGAAAAUUUGUCAAGUGUUAAAAGUGAUGCAUAAUUUAGUCUUGUUAACUAUAGUAUGUGAAUUUUUUCUCUCUUUCUCUUUCUUUGUAUUUUUAUUGUUAAGUGAGGAUAUUUACCACAAUUAUUUAUGUUAAAUUAUAUGGGAAAAAAGAAGAAAAAACCUGAUGUACAGUAAUUGUUGUUCAUGUUUAAUCAGGGAAUUUAAACAACAGCCUUUAGCCAUUCAAAAAGGUUAACAUAAAGUCAUUCAUACGUGAACCCCACAAUGCUUUAGCAGCUAAUUAUGAAGUUCUAACCUUAUUUUCUCUCCCCAUUCUUAUUUCUCUGUUAGAGUAAGUGGCAUCUACUUCACAUACAGUAUAACGGUAACCCAACCAGCUCGUGGAAUUCCCCAGUAGAUGGUUUUGAACAUCGCUGUGGGUAUGUGAAUAGUGAAAGGCAUUGAAGAUAUUAAUACAUUCCAGUAGAACCUACAUGUUUGGAGAUGGCUUUGCAUGUACUCUGCUGGGAAUGUGAGAAAAUGUGUUUUAGGUCCAGAUUGAAAGAAACACCGACUUUUGUAACCGAUUGGUAUUAUAAAGUUUGCAGUAUGAGAUGGAAUUUGCAUGAAUUGUUUUAUGCUACCUAUAUUUCCACUACAGUACAGUACAGCCAUACAGUAACUGCAGUUUAUACUUCUGAUAUAUUCCUUUUAGGCUGAGAAGAGGUUGUGUGCCUUACAGGUCCUCAACACGAUUGAAACUCAGUAUUAGGAAACAUGAGGCAGUUUAUAAAUUAAUCUCAUUAGGUUUUACUAUAAGCAUACAUUAUUUGCAUGUAACUUAAUUCUGUUCCAUAAAAGUCUCAAUUGAUUCUCAUAAUUAUUAUUUUUUUUAAUUGAAACGCUUUAUGAUAUGUAUUUUUGUUGUUGCAAGGAGGUUUUCUUUGCCGUCAUUGCUUGCUUUUGAAGAAAAUUUAUUUCUUAUUUGUGAUAUGGAUCAAGUUUUUCUAAUCUCAUCCUGUUUGUGAGUAAUAAAACAGGCAAGUCUUUAUUUAACAAUUUCCAGGCCAUUUUGGUCAGUUUUGGUUUCAUGUAUUACUAAGUGAAACUCUCUUGAUGGGAUUUAUCCUGUGAUAGGAACGAAGUUAUUGUCAAAGUAAUUUAUUAAGGCUAGGUAUACAAGUCUGAUAGUAAGGUACAGUACCUACUUGCAUCUAUAUGAAAUCAUCUUUCUUACCACCAGUCUGAAACUUGAUGUAGUCCUCAUUCUUUUGCUAGUGUCCCAUUGUUCUUACUAGCUUCAGUCCCACGUAAUCUGAUGUCUAUAAUUUAUAAGGAAAAUGUGAUACAAAUUUUUAUCUAAAUCUUUUUGUAUGUGAAAAAAAAAUCCAGCAUGAUAUUUGUACUGUUAAGUUACUUAGAAUAUCUCAAUUAAUAUAAUUCUUUUACCACAAUAUUAUUUUAUCUAUAAUCCUACUGUCAAAACAUCUAUGAUCAUACCAUUAGAGCAUCUAUAGUAUCACCAUUUAAACAUCUGUAAUCAAAAUAAUUAUAAUCCUGUCAUCAGAACCAUCUCCUCUACGUAACAUUAUUAUUACUGUUUUCACUCUUCCAUCCUUCCCUGAUCUGGCACAGGUCAUUCAAGCAACGAUGAACAUAAAGUCUCCCUUCAUUCACUCGUACAUUCUUCUCUGCUUCUCAAUAUCACAUCCAAUUUAUUAACAACCGUCUUUUCUACCUUUUUAUCAUUAUUAUGUGUUUUUAAUAUUUUUUGUGUGUGUGUGUCAGCUGGGGUGAGUAAAUCUUUGGAACUUUCUCAUUUUACUUGCUGCAUCGACAGACUAAGCACAGCUGAUGAAGCAAGUAAGGGUUUUAUAAUGAAUUAAUAUUGCUUCAUCUUAAAACACAUUCAAGCUUGAUUGAUUGAUUGAUAAGCUUUCUAAACAGGAGUGGAAAAGUGAUAGUAUUUCUUGCUUAUAGAACUUUUUAAGCUGACAUUAAGUUUGUUCUGUGUAUAUCAAUAUUGCCAAGAUUCUUGUUUAAUGGCCUGUCAUAAAACCAAAAGAACAAAGGAUCACAGCUGUAAUAAAUUAUUGUCAGUGUUGGUCAAGAGUAGUAUUGUAUAUCACAUGGGCUGGUUAUGUGUUUUAUCCAGUACAUAGGUUUACAGGUGUUCUUAACUCUAAUGUCAGGAACUUUGAGACUUUAUCUGUCUGUCUGGAAUCAGUCAUUGCUACAGUGGGCAGGAUAGUGCUGUUACACAAUCACUAUAUUUCUAAACUUUACUCAUUUUUACUGCUUUUUAUGCAGGAUAGUAAAUUACUUAAGUUGCCAGAGAUGUAAAUAUUCUGAAAAAAUGUAAUGCAAAUGGAAAAACGAAAAGGAAUAGUGUUUAACAAAAUGUAUUGUCAAAAUGAUUCAGAAAUUGUAACCUUAAUCUUAGUGGACGCAUAGAAAACUGAAUUACAUGCUGUUGUGUAUUCAAGUGCAUUACAGUAACUCGUAACUUCAGUAUACAAAACAAAAAUGCACCCAAUAAGUGACAUGAGGUACGAUAAACCCAAACUCUACCAUACUACACUCUUUUCUUUGUCUCUUCAGUAUAAAAGAAACAUAAUAUAUUAAAUCCACAUAUAUAAGUCACAGAUGGUACACCAGGUAUGAGAAACAAAUGUAACUCUCUUCACCUUUUGCAGCUGUGGUGGAGUAAAUGUUCAACUCAAAGUUACUUCUCUGUCUUGACAAUCAAAUCAAAGUCUUCAACAUAUCACUGUAGUUAAGGUCAGUUAAAUCCUUGAGUAUGUGUAGUCAUUGAAUACAAGAGUUAAACUUAGGAGUUUGAAGACCUAACUCCUUGAGUAUGAGGUCCUCUGUCUUUAUAUUAUGGGAAUUAAGUGUGGAAAUGGCUCUCUCUCAGAUUCUUUGUUUUGUAUAUUAAUAAUAUUUUGAAAAGGUUUGAAGGAUGGACAGAUACUGGUACAGUAGUGAACAUUAAACCUGUUGCCUCUUCUGCUGCCCCAUGAACCCCCCAAAAUUCAGAAUCGUGAACCCGAAGCAGUCAACACUGAUGCAUUAUUCUGUCCAUAAAUGCUUCGGAUUCACGAGUCUGAAUCUUGGAGUUUGUAGUGCAGUAGAAGAGGCGACUGGACUGUUUGUCUGCGGCUGUACAAUAAGUAAUUUUUUAAGGUGUAAUUUUCUUGGCCAUCUGAUAAGAGGAGAGAUGUGAAUUAAUAUGAGGAUGAAUAAGGCAUGAAUGGAUGAACAAGGAAUGAACGGACAAUAAGCCAGGAACAAAUGGAUUAUAAGCAAAGCCAAAGUGAAAUAACGAACAGUUAAUGAACACAACACAAAUCAAUAGUGAGAGAGUUACAUGGUGCAUUGAGUAUGGUAAACGAGUCUAGAAUUGAAUUUAGGAUGUGAAUCAUUACUAAAUAUAAUUACACUGUAUUUUGGGAAGUUACAGAUUAGCAGACUAUUAUCACUGGUACUGAAGGAUCAAUGGUAUAAUCCCUUACCUGUAGACGAGUUGUGCUCAGACCAUACCUGAUGCAUUAUAGAAUAGUACAUAACAGGUUUUUAGACAAUCUAAUGCUUGUAAUCCCCCAACUUCUGAACUCCAAACUAGGAGAGAGAGAUUCCCAUUCCAUGACCAGACAGGGUUAACUUGUACUGAUGACAGAUAUAACUUAGUAUUGAUUAUAAUUUAUUUCAAGAUUAAAAUUUUAUACGAUUGUGAGCUACUUCGGGUAGAAAUUGCUACUGCCACAAUACUCUCCUUCAGAAAAAGUGUAUUGGAUAGCUAAUUUAUUGCUUAUCAAAUACACUACAGUAAUCACAUAUUGUUUAUCACAUACAGAAUCAUGUAUUGGAAGUGUUUAGCAUAAAUCUGGUGAGGUUUAUUUAUAAUCAGAUACUACAAGUACAGUAUAUAGAGAAAUGAAUAGUUUGUAUAUACUGUAAAUUAUAAACCACAGCAAUAUAGUAUUUUGAGUCAUCAGUUCGAUUUUUGCUUUAUAGGGAAUGGUCAGGGAUUUGGCUCCUUAACAACGUAUAAGAUUGACUAAUUUCCAGUGAGUGAGUAAACAUUCUCUAGGUAUGAGGAUUAACUCAGCCCGGUGAUUAAUUUUUAAGCCUAGCACAUUGAAAAAGAUGUGACCAACUUGCAAAGAUUUGAACUCAAACUUAGUCUUGUCAGAGUUGUAAUGAAGGAACUCGUACUAAAUAAUGACGUGUAUCUCUUAAAGGGAGGAUUCAACAAGACACCUUCAGCAGUUUCUUUAUUGGUAUUUUCUAUCCACGACUGACUGUUGUGUACAAAUACAUUUCUAAACAUCAUAACUGUCUGAUCACUAAGUAUAGUCAUCCACCUGUUCUUCUCCUUCCAGCAAUGAACUACAGUAUUCACUUGACUCACCCUGCUGACCAGUCAUUACGUUGUCCCAAUAUUGAGUUUGUUACUUUGCUAUUUUUGUUCACAUAUCUUUGUACAGUAUCUACAGGUAUUGUAUUUCUGCACUGCUUAGUUUUUCUCAUUCUUCACCUUUGCCUUGACUCAUCACCAAGUUGUUAUACUUGCUGUUAGGGGUUUAUACUAAGACAUCUGCUAGGGGAUGAUACAGCUUAUCUAUUUUUUUUUAAACUUUUGACACUAUAUGAGCAGACUUUAUAAAAAAAAAAAAAGCCAGAUCUCUAAAGUCAAGAGAGCAGCUGAACCAAACUGGGGAGACAUGUGCACCUCUGCUUGCUGCUACUAUGAAUGAGAUACAGGUACCUUUCUCUAAGAGCUUUUCAUUAAUUCAACCUGCAAAACUUGGCUGUGUUACUCCUCAGUACCUCACAUAUCUCAUAAAGUCCCUCUCAAGUUUACUCUCUAUUGCUCUACUUUUCAAAUACAUAUCCAUUAAACAUUUUUGUAGUUAUUUUAGUGAUUUAUACAGAACUUAACUAAUAACAGCAGUAAGUGAUGAGUAGUGGUGAGGUGAAGAAUAUGGCAGUGAUCCCCCUUAACUAACGAUAAAAAGGUUUUGUAGUACAGUACAUUAUUAACAUGAAAACAUAUUUUGAAGUAUGUACAAUUGGGUGCCUUGUAACUUGGGUUAAAGCUUAUUGUUCAUAACUCAUGAACCCACAUUCAAAUUCAGAGUUGGUCAGGAGUGGCAGAUUGUUGUUCUCUAUGGGCUAUACUGUACACAGCUGGUUAAUUUAUCGUGAAUUAAGAUCAAACCUGCUUUAAGAAAGGGAAAUACUGUAUGUUCCCAUUUUUAUUGUGGGGUUUGAUCUAUUAACUCCUGUGUAUGGGCUCCCCUCUAAGCUGAAUAAAAUCGUUUGGUGUUAGCCAAAUAAAAUAUUAAAAGUGACAUCUCCGUAGUGAAGGGGUUAAGUUCAUUUUCAUGUUACUACAAAUUCUUCCACAUACCAUGGUACACCCCUUCACCCAUGAGGAUGAUUCUCCAUAAAAAUGUAGGAAAAGAUACUGUACUGAAAUUUUAACGUCUCUAAUUUCUUCUGGGUUCACCUCAGAUGACAACCACUGUACAUUCAAUCGAAAAAGUAUCUUUAUGAUUUUGUUUGAGACAAUAUGACACAAUGGACGGAGGGUUUUGACAACCAUACCGAGACAACAGGAGUUUUAGUGUUCAUUUAGAAAUUCAUCGGACCCCGCCGUGAAGAUACUUUUUAGAGCGAGUGUACAGGGAUGGAUGUGUAACCUUCCAUCCAUAAGUUCAGUAUAAUCCAUGAGAACAAGUUUACUGUGUGGGGCCAGCCAGGAUGAAUAGAUUAUAGCUGUAUUCUGAUGUGUAAUUUUUAUGCUUUUAACACGGACUAAACCAACCCAUCGGGGAGGGUUCCACUUAACGACAAAGGGGCAAACAGCGUACGAAGACGAAAGCUAUAGAUGCUUACCAAUUGAGUUGAGGGGUACCUUUUGUAUUGAACAUGACUCCCACCUUGGGGUAAAUGAAGAUAUAUAUCAGGUUGUAUAAAAAACAAAACUAGUCAAUAUUUCUUGACAACUUCUUCCUGUAAGUAUUGAUAACCAAUAUCAGUUAAUGUUGAGCCGUAACAAUCUGUCCAUUGUGCUUAUUUAUAAACACAUUACAGUGCUUCUGACUAAAGCUUAAAUCAUCACAAUCAUGUAAGGUCUAAGGUUUUCUACAAACUUAGUUGCAAGGAAUUAUGUGAGGCUCUUAUUGGCUAGUCAACUGAGAGUGAAAGACUUUGUUAUCAGUGUUAACCAAUAGUGUUAUGUUUAUAGUGAAUGAGUGGUGACAAAUUUAACUGGUGGACAGUUUUGCUGCUGCCCUAAAAGUGUUCUUAAUUAUGACUUUUGUUUCUGCCAAUGGUUCAACAGCUCGUUUAUACAAGGUAUCCAUCAAUGGGCUGUUUACCAUUUCUUAUCACAAUUAGACAAAGUAACUUUACUUGGAAUUUAAAUGUGUAAAGGCAGUGAUAUAUAUUGUUUGUUUAAACAACAAUUUAUAUUUAAUAAACAAUAUCAUAAUAUAUUUAGCAAAAUAUAAUACAGUACGUACAUUACAGUACAGUACACGUAUAGGUAAACAAUAUUUUAAAAGUUGGCUUGGAGUCAAAGCUUAGAUAUUAUAUUCAUAUCAGGUUAUUAACAUUUAAAAUAAGAAAUAAUUUAUAUUACCUACAAAUUAUUGGCAGCAAUACAGUUCAGCUGACUGAAAAAUUUACCCUGUGGGGUCGAGCUUUACGAUGCUUUACCAUAAUUUAUUUAGAGCUGUGGCAUAGAGAUAAUCCAACUUCUGUGUGGGGCAUAUUUUCUUGAUAUCAGCUUAUUACUUUGAACUUUCUAUGCAAAACCUUUAUUUUUAAUUAUGAUAUGUAACGUAUGUGCAGGUCCAUCAAAAUGAAAUUGGCUGUGCUUGGAGGAAAGAAAAGGGACCAUUCUCCUCAACCUUGUCUGUCACUUGGCCAAGAUGGUCAAUAUUAUAAAGGUACUGUACUAUGGACAGGACAAUUAAAUCACUCUUAUUAAAACAAAUGACCUAAAGCUCCUAGACUAAUUUUGGUUAUGAUAAUUUGGUUAGUUUUACCAGAAAAAGUAAAUGAUUAUAUAGCCCCCUGUUCAUGGUAUGUCUGAAAGAUUGACCAUUUUGUGUCUCUUUGUGUUAUAGUCCACCAUAAAUUUUGCUCCUUUCUCUUAUUAACAAGUAUUAUUUACUCCUGACUUAUUUCAGUACAUGUCUUGACACCUUGUACAGUACAGCAUUGAUAAAUGUUCAAGAGCGUCUGUAAUUCUAUACGAAGUCUUUAUUUUACUUUAUCCUCUUCACCACUGAUAGACUUGGGCAAUCAUUCAUGUCUCUGUUAAACACUGUUGGCAAGUACUGGACAUGUACUGAACUGGCUCUCUUUAGUCUUUCCAUGCUUGGAUGUUGACCUUUUCCCACACUAACUACCGGUACUUUCUCCUUCAUAACAGCAAAUUAUUACAGUGUAUCAUCAGCCUUGCUCAUACCAUCAUACUGUUCAAUAUUCAUCAUAAUUAUCAUCUGUUAAUUUGUAUCAUCUUAACUCAAAAUUAUUUAUAAGAGUUUUCAUUAUAACUCAGAACUGUUAUUUUGAGUCUUAUUACUAACUCCAAUUUACCAGUUUCUUUUUUUUUAAGGUAUGUAAAAAAAAAAAAUCAUUCCUUUACCCUGCUUCAUCAUUACAUGUGUCCCUCCUUAUCGGUAACUUGUGAUGUGUCGUACUCUUUGAUACGAGAUGUUUUCCUGGUGCUGCAUGUUCCUCUGCAUCUUCAUAGUUCCAUAUUUUCUCUUAUAAAUCUCACAGAAUAGUCCUUGAACUGUCCAAUUACCUGUAUAUUCUUUACAUUUUCUGUUUUUCCACCACUGUAUAUUAUUUCCUGAAUGCCAGCACAUAAAACAACUCAUCAAUACUCUAUCAAUCUUUUAUAAUAAUUUUUGUCUCUAUGCCGCUAUUUAAACUUUUUCUAUGUCAUUUCCCUGAAGUCUUGUGUGUCUAACUUAACACUGAGUACCCCUCUAUAUACAGUAUGGCCACGAUAAAAUCAACUCUUCCAACUUUCUGACUAUGAGGCAGCUACAGGCAUUAUUCUGUAUUUUCAUUCUUUCAUGCCAUUUCCUACUAUACAGUACAGUAUAUUGAAGGGUGACCAGAAUGAAAAACUACCAAAGGUUCUCCAUAUAUUUGGCUGUAAUUAAACCAUUCUUACUACUGUAGUUUUAUGUGUUGUGCUAUGGUAUUCCCUACCACAACAAGACCCCAAAUACCUAUCUGGUUUAUUCUUGUUGCUCCAUACAUUCUAACAGGGUAAUCACCAUCAGUUAUCGGACUAUGUACAGAAGGGAUCUCUUUAAUAUUUUGGAUAUUAUGCUAAAAUAUGUAGUGCUGUAGUUUUUUCGGUUUGGCCUGUAAAAAAAUAUAUACUGUACCCUAUAAAAGCUCCAACACAGAGAGUAAUAACAAAUGAAGUUUAGAAAACAAGAAGGAAAGUAUUAGAAAAUAACUUUGUGAUGUAAGGUUGCUCAGGUGUGGAAAUGUAUAGUACAGUAGACCAUGAAGCAAAUGUCAGGUGAAUACAGUACGUACAGUAUAUCCAAAGAGGAAUCAUCUUUUGGUUCAGAUUCAUGUAUUUUAUUCACACCUAAAGGAACAAAUCUCCUCUUAAUGUAUCUGUACCUUAUAAACCACUUAAAUCUUGGUGGCAGAUUUAAACCCUCUCCUCGUCUGUCUUAUCCUUAGUAGUGCUUCCACGAGUGACACAUCUAAGUAAAGAACAGCCUCUCCCAAGCUCUCUUUUAUAUUUGUCCUUUUAGGCUAUUCAUGGCACUGCAGGACUUUUGCUUUUUAUAAUUUUCUUCCUCUGCUCCUUUUUUCUGAUUCAAGUUGUUCAAUACAUUACCUGAACAAAAUGCCUUCUCUUAUUUUCUUACUUUAUUUCUGAUGUCACACUCUCUGGAGGUGGCAAUGAUGGAAGAGCCUUGAGGACAGCUAAUUAUUACAUAUUUCUCUUGUCCUUUACAUUUCCUACCUCUUUAUAUCUUGUUAGUACAGUACCUUCCUCCUUCCUCACCUUAACCCUAGAACCAUCAUGGCAUAUUACAGUAAUUGAUUCACUCCUCUCACUAAUUGUAUGUCUGCUGCUUCACCUGACCUACAAUACUUCUCUGACUUUGUAAUUCAUGUAACCUUCUAACUCCUUAUCUUACCUCCCUUACACUAUUCACUCAUACCCUUGCAUGUAUUUUGUUGCUACUGUCACUGCACAUUACCAAUAUCUAAUCUUGUCUUCAAUCUUUUCAUUGUUCCUUGUGUUUAGAAAAGGAACCUUCACUUGACUGUUUGCUUAUGGUAACUCCCAUCACUACUAACUAAUUUACAUUUCAGUGGAAAAAUCUUCAAAAUUAUUAUAUACAAGAUUUGUAUUAUCUCAUAUGAAAAAAUAAUUUUAUUAAUCCCAUUUAUUUUGUAUCAUAAAGUACCAGGUAUAUACAGUGAAAAAAUACAUACUGUAUGCUAUUGAUAUAAUUGUGAUACUGUAACAGUUUUAAGAGUAUAACCAGAUUUGUUUUUACGGAAAUUGAGCACACAGUAAUGGGUACGGUAUUAUGUCUUAAAUCUUGUAAUAAUUCUUGGCCUGAGUACUGAAUGCCUCUCUUGGUAUGGUACAAUUUACAAUUCUGGGCUCAUACUCAGGCACUUGGGAUUGCACGUUCAUUGUUAUUCACACUUGUAUGUGUUAAGCUGAGGAGUAUACAUAUUUGAGCUCUGAACCACCUUCUUUAUUUUUUAUGGAAACUAUCAGCCAUACAAGUAGGAUGGAUGAUCAGGAGUCAAUUAGAUAAGUGAGAGUUUCAUACUGACUACCUAUGUUCAGUGAGCCAUAUCCCUAACUGAGAGAAGCAGGGGGCCUCAGUGUCUCCUCUCAUUACUGAAGUCUUUCAUAUAAUAAUUGUUUUUUAUAGGUAAUAAAAUUAAACCUUAGAAUAUGACACUAUGAUUGAUAAUAGGUAUAUAUCACACAAUUAAAGUUUUAACACUUAAAAAAAUAUAUAUGUGUCACUGCUUGUAUCAGAGCACAUUGAUCAAUAAAUGCAUUAGGUAUUUAUGGGUGUGAAGAAAAUGCUUUGUAGUGUGACAAUUGUGCUGACGAACACACACACAGAGGAGAGAAUAUGCCCCUAACAGGAUAUACAGUACCAGUAGGUUUAAGGCACAUCAUACGAGUUACUUUGUGGACCCAUAACAAAGCUUGACUAUUUCAAAUAAUGUAAAUAUUAGAACUUAUAAAGCACGAAAGCCUUUAACCGUUUCUUAAUUUACAAUAAAACAACUACAGCAUUGACUUAUCAUUCGGAUUACCGUAAAUAUUUUCAAAGUUGUGUUAAGAGUAAAUACUAUGUUGGGUAGUUAAACAAAAUAUUAAUGAACAAUGAUUGAUAAUAUAUUGUACUAUUUACUAAAUCACUCUUACCAUACAGUACUGACAACACUAGUAGAUAAUAUUAUGCAUGGUUUUGACAUUUUUAAAGAUAUUUGUCAUGGGUCUGCUUAGAAACCACACCAUAACUUGUAGAGAGAUUUGUAAACAUCCCAAGUGUACAUAAGACCCCUCGCCAAUUUUGUAUGCAGUGAUCAUGUUGAAGAGAAACUAAAUAAACACAAAAAAUAAA